AGGGUAUAGAACUGGAACUUGGAAAUGAAAUCUGAAACUGUAAAAAAAGAACCAGGAUCUGUGAAAAUGGAGUCAGGAACUGUCAAAUUAGAACCGGGAACUGUCAAAAUGGAACCAAGAACUGUCAAAUUAGAACCGGGAACUGUCAAAAUGGAAAUGGGAACUGUCAAAAUGGAACUUGGAACUAUCAAAACAGAAUCAGGACCCAUAGAAAAGGAAAAUUGUAAAACCCAAAUGGUGCCAAAUAAGAAAAAUACUGAGCAAUGUGUGAAUUCAAAAUCAGAACCAAAGAUUGGUACUCCCCAAGGAUCGCUAACCCCUUUUGAUGUAACAACAAAUAGACGUCCAAAAAGACAUUCAGCAAUGGUUUCAGAUGCUAAAAGGCGUGCCAUCUUUAAUUUGGAUAAUCAAGAUGAUGGUGAGCCAGUUGUCAAGACAACUAAAAGAUCACCUGUUUCAAAUCCUGUUCCAGUGAAGAAGAUGAAGAAUCAACAAUGUAAGAGAAGACAAACCAGAAAGAAGAAGACAAAAGUGGUGAGAAAAAAACAAGGAUCAAAAGGCCAGUAUGUCAUAGCUGAAGUCAAGAUCAACUCUGCUAUAACAAACCCCAUUGCCCCAGCAGCAAAGGAAAAAAUUGACACUCUUGUCCCACCUCAUUCAACUCCCAUAGCAAACUCAGAUCAAAUUGCCAAACCAUGUCCAAAUAAUGAAAUUGCCAUACCUGAAAACACAGACAUUCAAGAUGAGAAUAAAGGUGAUGACAAUGAUGUUGAAGCAGAAAAAACUGCCCAAAAGGCUGGUAAAGAAAAUAAAAAGCAAGUUGAUGAUGAUGACGAUUUCCUACCUGACCCAGAUGAUGCUGAUAGUGACACAGAUGAGUAUAUAGAAGAUGAUGACUUGCCAAGUGAUAUUGGUGCUGAUGAUGAAGUUAUUGAUGCUGACUCAGAUGAUGACUAUGUACCAGCCUCAUGUAAAUCCAAGAAGGCUGCAACUAAAAGAGGCGCAAUAAAUAAGUUCUCAGCCAUGUCAGCAACAUCAUCUAAUAGAGGCCAGCCCUAUUCAUCGUUGCCUAGUUGCACUGUUACCAAGGCAACUGCUGAAAUAAUUGAUGAGAUUGAUAUAUCUGAUUCCGCAGAAAUAGGAGAGAACUGUAGUAUCCUAGCAACCCCAUCAUCAAGCAAGAAAUCUAAAUCUGCAUUUGAUGUCCUGCGCGGGAAGAGUCUCCCAGAGCCUAAGACCCCCAAGGCGAAACAUAAUGCACGGUUCUACUUUAACCAGGAAAAUAGGGCAAGUGUCAAGGCUGACGUUGGGGGUCCAGCCAAGGUGGUCAACCAGGCACUUACUGAGAGAUGGAACAAACUCACAAUUGAAGAGAGAAGUGAAUAUGAAGCAAUGGCAAAUGCUGAUGCGAAACGUUUUAACAUUGAACGUGAGGAAUACCUUGCUGAAUUGAAGAGGAAUGAAGAAACCCUGGCUGCAGAGGAGAAAGAACGCCUAGCUGAGAAGGAGGAAAGAGAGGCGAACAUGGAGGCUGUGAAACUACAAGAAGGCAGCUUCCAGGACAUGUUGAAGUAUGUGAAGAAAAGCCGUAAAGCAUUCAAGGAGCUCAACAUAUUAGAUGAACAGACAGCUGCUGAACAACGUAAGAAUGAACUCUUGAAACUCCGUGUUCCCCAAGAUGCUGCUAACCUGAAGCAAAGUAUCAGCAACCAGAUUGCCAGUCAAAUGAAAUACUUCCAGGGGAUUAAAUAUCGAGGUGGAUCAAUUCGUAUUGAAAUUCCAAAUGUCUCCAAGGAAAUCUAUGAUCAUAUUUUCAAAGAUUCCUCACAUAUUAGUGACCCAGAUACAUUUUUCGGGAAAACAUUUUCUAAGACGCUACGAUAUGGCGCUGAACUGACCAUAACAAGUGGUUUAAGUGUUCGCUAUACCAAGACCAGCAGCCUGUUGGUCGUGUCUGGGGGCUAUGGCAUGGAUAACUGCGGAGGAGGAUGGGGCGGUGGUGGGUGGGGAAGAAGAAGAAGAAGGUGGGUGUUUCCUUUUUGA